CCGAAACUGUUUGUGACAGAAUCUUUAUUUGCACGUAACUUACUGCGCAGCAGCUGCGGUGCUUCGUCUCUGAGGGGUUGUUUUCGAGAUCUGGCCGGUGUCAGAUCUGGACCGUCGGCACGUCGGCAUUGCAAGUGUAUCAGGGAGUCUGUCAAGUGAGAAAACACAUUUCAAGGUGUUGAACAAGUCAUUGGAUUAGGGAGCCGUCUCACGGCCAAGGUGUGUGUUGCAGUCGAGGCUAGGCCACAUGGCCCUCUCCUGCAGGUUUUCCGUGUUUAUCUUGGUACUUCUUGGGACCACAAUUGGAAAUUCUCGCGCAUGUCGUUUUGCGGAAUUGUUCCAGGGGCACACAAUUGAAGGUCCACACCACGGCAGAGAUCUGCUGGCAUUCGUAGAAGUGAACAACACAGGAAAGGAGGAGGCCCUGGCGAAUUCUGACGAGCGCCUGAAAGCCACACUGGCGAGCAUUGACGCAUAUGUCAAGAGAGCUUCGCCAAUCAACAUUGCAGACCUGGUCACUCCCGUGGGAAAGUACACCAAUGCAGCGGUCUUCUGGAACGAAGCAACCAUGGUGUCCAAGUACCUCCCGGGCGCCAUUGCCUACACAAUAAAGUCAAUCCCAGACCUGCUGGAGGACGCCAGGCAGGCAGCCAUUACCAAAUGGGAAAAUGACGCUUUGAUGGCACACCUGGACCCCACCUAUGUGACCAUCUUUCAGACGCUCAAGUCCGUCAUCAAUCCGACCAUCACUGGCCUGGCGCUGCGUCUUGGGUUCCACGACUGCGGUACCUACGACCCCAAUGCCAAGACAAAGGGAGGGGCAAACGGAUCAAUCCGCUACGAGUUCGACUGGCCAUCAAAUGCAGGCCUGCAACGCUUCAUUUGGCCCUCAAUUUGGUCCGCCAAGCAACAGCUGGACAAGGUGCUCCCGAGCCCUGUCUCCUAUGCAGACCUGUGCUCCAUCGCCGGUGCAGUGGGGGUCUACCUGACCCACGGCCCCCUCAUCAAUGUGGGCUAUGGGCGCCCGGAUGUGGAUGGCCCUGACCCCUUCCAGGGAGUGGGCUCCAACACCAACCAGCAGCGCGACUACCCCAUCCAGCAAAUCAUCAACGAGUGGGAAUUCUACGGAUAUGACAUCGAGACACUGGUGGUGCUGAGCGGCGGCCACGCCAUCGGCUUCUCUGCAUCCACAAACCCCCAGGGGACCAUCUCUGCCAACAGCCGGUACUUCAGCAGCCGCUACUACAAGCAGGUCAUCCUGGGAGACGCCUUCUUCGGCUCAGACCGCGCUCUGGCUGACAACCCUGCCACUCUGAAGAUUGUUCAGGAGCUGGCAGCAGACAACGUGCUCUUCUACAAGAAGUUCACAGAUGCCUACAAGAACCUGACCUGGUCGGGAAUUGACCCUUCAGUCAAGCGCCUGGGACUCUGAGCUGUGGAAGUCUCCUAGCAAUAAUUUACAGGCCAGGUUUGCUAUCUGUUAUGGGAAGAGUUUGAGGGCCUGUGCUGGGCUCGCAAGCAUGUAUCAGUCCAGUGUACCACAUCUUCGGGCCAGGCACUCAGCACACCUGUUGACGCAUCGCAGAGCAUGCAAAUUUGUGGAUGAAUCUGACCUGGAGAAUCUUCUGGCAGGCACGUAGGACAUACUGGUGAGCAUUGACAAGUGUAUGAAUGAGGUCAGAUGUCUGCAGCAAGCUUGAUUCAGACCAGAUUCUGAUGCUCGGCUUGUGCCGGUCCAAAUAUUCAUAUGAUGCAUGAACAGCAGCGCAGUACAGUAUGGUAUGGUACAGAUUUAUGGUCCAAGAGAGAAGAGUGACUGGUCCUAUUUUAACUUUUUAUUUUUUGACAUUUGCCUAGAUCAGUUGUAACCCCAGGAUGCUUACAAGGACAUGUGAUUGAUAAGUAUUGUGCAACACCAGGGAUAUCUCACAUUGGGACUGCUGAUGUUGGGAGUUUCAAUUGAGACUGUGUGUCUUGCAGCUGUUUGGAUUUUACAGCAUUGGAUUAAUGAGCACAUCAGGCUCAAGAAGCUCUUAUCAUUGUAAUUGCAAAGUAUCUCAUCACUGUAAUUUGGCUGCUUUUGGGGUC